GUUUUAUUAAGGGAACAUUAAUACAUAAUCAAAUGCACCUCAUAAAAUCUUUAUUGAUACACAUAAAAUACGAUGACUCUCUUUUGAAUAAGUACCAAAAAUAUACAAAUGUUUCUUCCUGUGUCAAUCUCACAACACCUUACAGUCAGCAUCAAACUUACAAAAACCGCAUAACAGAUCUUAACACUAAAGUAGUUUAUAAAAUAUGAGAAUCUGUGAGGCUGUGGUGGUUCGUUGUUUUACAGCAUGUUAUUACAUUUAUUUUACGAGGACUUGCAACUCGGUACUCUAUAAAAUACUUUACAAGGCUAGACUAUGACAUACCUUAUGACGAAAUUUUUGCAAGAUUUUACACGGCUGGAAUCGUUUGUUAAGGUAAUAGUGAGUGCAAAUAAAAGGGUGCAUUAAUCUGACCUUGUUAUAAAAAAAAGAAACAGGCGUAAUUUAAAGAAAGAUGAAUGCAGAAUAUCACUUCUAGUUCAGAUAAAAAUAACUUGUCUUUUUUUAAGAGUGCAAAAUCAAACAUACCGUUAUCAGAGGACUGAUUUACUCUCUGUAUUAGUAAAUAUGAUCACGUGAUUCAUGCAACCAAUCACUGAAGAUGAAGGCAGCAAAAAUACUAUGAUUGUUCAGAGGCAAGGUUUCGGAAACAGAGUAACGUUUUAUAUGUGUUCGAAGGGAUCCAGAAAUGUCGACUAGUUCAGCUCUCAGUAGCUAUUAUGUGGACUCUAUUAUGGGGCACGAGACGGAGGAUGUGUACGGAGCGCGUUAUGUCCAGGGUUCACACACCGCGAGGCCGUCAGGUGUGGGUGAAAAUGCGGACUUUUCCUCGUGCAGCUUCGCUCCCAAGUCAGCCGUGUUCCCAGCGUCCUGGUCCUCGGUUCAUCAGCCCUCUCCUGCUGCAGUGUCCGGGAUUUACCAUCCAUACGUCCACCAGACCCAUCUUUCUGACAACAGAUACGUCCGCUCCUGGAUAGAGCCAGUCGCGAACCAUAUCUCUUUAUCGGGGUUCCACUCCAACACUCGGCUCAGCGGUACAAAGACUGAAAGUUUACCCUCGAAAAGGACCGAAAGCGCCGCGUUUGAAGCAGAGACGCCGGUGGUUCCCGAGUUUCGCGGCAGCGCUGUAUCCGUAGACAAAACUACUGAAGAAAGAGUUGAAAAUGAUACUUCGAGCCACGGCGAACCUAAAGACGAAAAACAGCAACAACAACAACUUGACCCAAGCAACCCUGCUGCAAACUGGAUCCAUGCGAGAUCAACAAGAAAGAAACGUUGUCCGUAUACAAAAUAUCAGACUCUGGAAUUGGAAAAGGAGUUCCUUUAUAACAUGUAUUUAACGAGGGAUCGUCGCUAUGAAGUCGCUCGAAUCCUCAGUUUAACAGAGCGGCAGGUUAAAAUCUGGUUUCAGAACAGAAGAAUGAAAAUGAAGAAGAUGAACCGAGAGAGGAGCGGUAAAGAUCCUUAGUGCAAAGCGUG